UCUCCUACAGCAGUGCCCGCGACUUCUGUAUAAAAAUUCCCUCCCGGUCUCAGAAACCCUACCAGCAUGAUCUGAGUUAGAUCGGAAGAUGAUCCGCAACGGCCUCUCUCGAAUAUCGCUUCCCGCCAUCGUAUCGUCGUCGUCGCCGACGACGGCAGUUUCUUCUCUGCUGGAUUCCACUUUGCCGUCGUACCGUACGCCAACCCGGUUCGAGUUUGCCAGCGUGGUCGAUGCCUUGGAUGUCGACCGCCAACCGCUUCCCAAGGUUGCCGCCGAGCCGACCCUCCUCCAGCCGCGCGUUGUGAUCUACGACGGCGUCUGCCAUCUCUGCCAUCGAGGGGUAAAGUGGAUCAUCAAGAAAGACAAGUAUAAGAAGAUUAAAUUCUGUUGUGUCCAAUCAAAGACUGCUGAACCAUACUUCAGAUUAUGCAGUGUGGAUCGAGGAGAUGUAUUAAAACGUUUUAUGUUUGUCGAAGGACCAGGAGCAUAUUAUGAAGGAUCCACAGCUGCACUCAAAGUUGCUUCUUAUUUGCCAUUCCCAUACUCAGCACUGAGUGCUAUGCUGAUUCUCCCUGCACCACUAAGAGAUGCAGCUUAUGAUUAUGUUGCCAAGCAUCGAUACAAUUGGUUCGGGAAGGAGGAUGAGUGCAUUGUGAUGCAGGAGAAGGAUUUGCUUGAGCGUUUCAUCGACAUGCAUGAGUUGCUCGACAAUGGUGGUGGUUGUGCUAGCGGCUAAUUCUUUUGACCUCACGCAGCAUACACUUGUUUUGUGGUUCUGAUACUUUGGCGAGAUCGCCUCUUUUGUCCGAAUUUACUGAACAACCUCAAAACUUUUGGAUUUUUUAAUGAUAGAACACAGUUUUGUUCAUUAUCUAUUGCUUCUGCUGCUAUAGAUCUUGAAUUGGCUGAGAGUGUAGUUAUAUAUAUUGUGUUCCAACAAACCUCACUUGAUUUGGGGCCAUUUUGAAAAUGUACGAUUUAAUAUAAUCUCAUUUAUGCAUCUUUUGAUUCCUA